AAAUAUUUAGACUAGAGUAUUUUAAUGUUAAAGAGUGGACAAAUCAAUAUUAUUUUGUUACUUGGUUGAUAUGUAUAAGUAGAAAGUUUAAAUUUAUUUAAAUUAAAUUACUAUCUACUUUACUUUAACAAUACUGUUUUUAACAGUUAACCGUAAUAUCAUUGUGGGAAUAAAUUAUCAAUUACGAUGUCUGAUGCCGACACAAAAGAUGCAGUCGAAAACGAAUAUGUUGAGGAUGGUUCUAAUAAACUAUUAGUAAAAUGCAAAUUUUGUGGUUCUAAAAUUCUAGAACGGAAUUCUGGAAAAUUUGUCACAAAAGAGAUUGAUUUACCACUAAUGGAACAAGAUAAAAGAGCAGAGGCUAAAGUGCAAUAUGAAAAAAUUAAUCAAUUUUUCUUUGUAGAAAACAUGUAUACUUUUGAAAACAUAGGUUUUACACAUACAAUAGAUAAUUGUAAGUAUUUAAGUUGUGCUGAUUGUGAUGCGGGGCCUGUUGGCUACUAUAAUAUGGACACAAAACAUAGUUAUGUAGCAUUGUCUAGAGUUAAACAUGAAUAAAAUUAACAUAAUUAUAUUAUAAAGUAAGAGUAUCUCAAAUUCAGCUUUCCUAAUAUGAAUAAACUGGAUAUAAGCCUGAAUACACAGUAAAAAACCUUUAUUUUAUAUAAUUAUUUUACAAAUGUUUUCAAUAUGAAAAUUAUGUUUUGGCAAUUUCCAGAAUGCAUUGGACACAUUUAAAAGAAUUACUAUAUAUUCUGAUAUUGUAUAGAUUUUUACUAUUUUAAAACCUUUGCACACAUUGUUGUUAAUAUAAUGCUUUGAAUUUAUUAAAAUAUUUUUUAUGUAAAUUAGGUACAUACUAAAUACUUGGGUUGUCAUUCCAUGAGCAUUUCACUUUUAAUAAUUUAUGCUGAAAUUAAAUUACUUUUACUGUACUGUGCUUAUUUAUGUAAAUAAAUGUUAUAUAAUAAUUUGAAA